AUUAACAGCAGUUUCCUGGAACGAAAAUUUGAACUUGUGCCUCCUCCUCCCCGCCCCAUCCCGUUUCGCCUCCUUCUUGGUGGUUUGUCCGCAAGGUUUUGAAGUUCUCUAAAACUCCGAAUCCCCAAAACAGAAGGAACACUUACCAGAACCAUAUCUCUGAACCCUUGUUUCGUAUGGCUUCUGAUGCUCCUCGAGCUCGAAUUGACCAGUUCUUUGCAUCAAAGAAGAAGAGGAAAUUUGAAUCUCCUGUCUUGAAAUCUCCAGUAUCCAUUAAAGAUGCUAAAAUUUCGACUGAGGGGUCACCAGGCACCAGAGGAUCUCUUGAGAAUUCUUCAGUCAAAUCUCAGGACAAUUGUGAGUCUCUGGGCUCACCUGUUGAGAGAAAUUUGACAUUAGAGCUCGAUCGAAUUUCCAAAGAUGAAGAUGAAGUGGCAGUUCCGUCAAGAAAAUCACACUCUCAAGGUCCUAAAACAGCAUACGAAAUGUUAUACAAUGCAGGUGUUGCGGCCAGAGAGCAUCCUAAAAAUUCCUCUGAACACAUCCUAGACCAAAAAAACCUACAACUCAAUCAAUUUGCCAGUGAGUUUCUAUCAUUAUACUGCAGUAAGAGACCAUGCCCACCAACUAGUGAGGGUUUACCAUUACAUCAAAAUGUGCAUCCGUAUAAAAGACACUGCAUCCCAUCUACUGCUGAUAGAAGCUCUUCUUCUAUUGAGGACAAUUCAACUAGCUCUCCAAGGAAUUAUCUUCCAGAUGCCCAUAAUGAUGUUGUUCCCAAAUCUGCACAUGCAAAUCCACAUUCUUGUGAGGUGAAUAUGGAUACACUUGCUGAACCUCAAAUAAGCUUGAGAAGAUGUAAUAAGGUUCCUGUUUCUAAAGAAACUGAAUCUCUAACACCAGGUUUGUCCACUAUGGAACAUGUGGCAAGCGUUACUCCAACAUCAGCACAUGGUGUCUCGAUCUUUUCACCUGGAGAAAGUUUCUGGAAUGAAGCAAUUGAAGUUGCUGAUGGGUUGUUUGCUGAAAAUGAGAAAGGUACGUGCCGAGUUACUGAUAAGGAUGUAACUGUGAGCACCCGACAUGACAUACUUAGUUCCAACGAUCUGAUAACUGGUGGACAUGGCAUAAAAUCAAACAGAGUAACCAAAAGAGUUGUGGAUAGAGUUUCUAGUGUGAGAAUGGUUUCUGCUGGUGUGCCGAUAAAGAAGAUUGGGAAGGAAAUGGAUAAAGAAGUCUCUCCAUUGCCUGUAAAGCACUUUGACUUUGCUUCGGAAGACAAACAAAUGGCGCAGAUUAAUGAUUGCCAUAUUCUCAGUGGAAAUGAAAUUGGGCAUGCUCCAGUAAACAGACUAUUUACAGAAAAACUUGCAGGGGCCUACAAAUAUGAUGCUUCUAAAACUACUCCUGAUACUCUUGUGCAAGGCAAUGGUAGUGUAGCUUUUAAUACACCAACCGAGAGAUCAGGAAAAGUUGGAGCUAAUUCUGAAUCCAGUGAAGACAUCACUCCUUCAAGUUUUUUGCCACAAAAAGAUUGUUUAGAUCUCAGCAAUUGGCUCCCACCUGAAAUAUGCAGCACCUACAAGAGGAAGGGUAUAGCAAAAUUGUACCCUUGGCAGGUUGAUUGCCUGCAAGUGGAUGGUGUUUUGGAGAAUAAGAAUCUGGUUUAUUGCGCCUCUACAAGUGCUGGUAAAAGUUUUGUUGCUGAGAUUUUAAUGUUACGGAGAAUCUUAUCAAGGGGAAAAAUGGCAAUCCUUGUACUGCCAUAUGUAUCCAUUUGUGCAGAAAAGGCCGAUCACCUAGAAGUCCUCUUAGAACCACUUGGGAAGCAUGUACGCAGUUACUAUGGAAAUCAAGGUGGCGGAACCCUUCCAAAGGACACAUCUGUUGCUGUGUGUACUAUUGAAAAAGCAAACUCCUUAGUUAAUAGACUGCUAGAAGAGGGCCGCCUGUCAGAACUUGGUAUCAUUGUGAUUGAUGAACUUCAUAUGGUCGGUGAUCGGAACAGAGGCUAUUUACUGGAGCUGUUGCUCACAAAGCUUCGCUAUGCAGCUGGUGAAGGCAACACAGAAUCGUCCAGUGGAGAAAGUUCAGGUAUGAGCAGCGGAAAAGCUGACCCUGCUCAAGGUCUUCAAAUUGUUGGAAUGAGUGCAACUUUGCCAAAUGUGGCUGCAGUUGCUAAUUGGCUUGAUGCAGCUUUGUACCAAACAGAUUUCCGGCCUGUUCCUUUAGAGGAGUACAUCAAAGUAGGCAACACGAUUUAUAACAGAAAGAUGGAAAUUGUUAGAACAUUGCCAAAAACUGCUGAGCUUGGUGGCAAGGAUCCAGAUCAUAUUGUGGAGCUUUGCAAUGAGGUUGUUCAAGAUGGUCAUUCCGUGCUAAUUUUUUGCUCCAGUCGGAAAGGAUGUGAAGCAACAGCUAGGCAUGUUGCUAAGUACUUGAAGUUCUUGAUCAGCCCCUGCAACAAAGAUACUGAGUUUGAUAUUGAUUCUGCCAUUGAUGCACUACGAAGAUCUCCUGCAGGCUUGGACCCUAUACUUGAAGAGACACUUCCUGCUGGUGUUGCUUACCAUCAUGCUGGGCUUAUGCUCGAAGAAAGAGAGACUGUUGAGAGUUGUUAUCGCAAAGGACUUGUACGAGUCUUAACUGCUACAUCAACUCUUGCUGCUGGAGUUAACCUCCCUGCCCGGAGAGUUAUUUUCCGACAACCUCGUAUCGGGUAUGACUUUAUUGAUGGAACAAGGUACAUGCAGAUGUCUGGUCGUGCUGGUCGGACAGGGAUUGAUACAAAAGGAGAGAGUGUGUUGAUUUGCAAACAAGAUGAAGUUAAAAGAAUAUUGAGACUUUUAAAUGACAGCUGCCCACCAUUGCAUUCUUGCCUGUCGGAUGAUAAGAAUGGAAUGAUUCAUGCAAUACUAGAGGUCGUUGCUGGUGGGAUUGUUCAAACUGCCAAUGAUAUUCACCGAUAUGUUAGGUGUACCCUUCUUAAUUCAACAAGACCUUUUGAAGAUGUGGUAAAGUCAGCUCAGGAUUCUCUUCGGUGGUUAUGCCACAGGAAAUUCCUUGAAUGGAGUGAUGAUACAAAAUUGUACACUAUCACACCUCUUGGUCGAGCAUCUUUUGGCAGUUGUCUUUCUCCUGAAGAGUCGCUCGUUGUAUUAGAUGAUCUAUUGAGGGCAAGAGAAGGGUUUGUACUUGCAUCUGAUCUGCAUCUGGUUUACUUAGUCACACCCAUUAAUGUUGAAGUUGAGCCAGAUUGGGAAUUGUAUUAUGCAAGAUUCAUGGAACUGUCUGCUUUAGAUCAGGUUUUAAAGCAAAGUUGGAAGUAUGACGACAAACAUUGGAGACCAAGGGUUUCAGACUGAGUUGAACGGGACCGGGCUUGGGCUCACUUCCGUGGGCCGAGUUAGGGCUGUCGUUAUAGUUUCAUUAUUAUUAUUAUUAAGUUAAUGUUAUGUUUUAGUUUGGGCCUAUUAUUUAUUAGUAGAGUAGUUAGUUGAGUUAAUUUGGGCUUAAUUAGGGUUUAAUUAAUAUGGGCUUGAUUAGGGUUUCUUGUAGAAGGCUAUUUAUACCCCUCGCCAGAGUUCAUUCUUAUUAUAUGGGAAUAAAGUUAGAGUUUAGCCUUUUGGCUUUGGGCAACGGUUUACCCCGUUGAUUUUAUUUUUCUGUUACAUAUCAAUUAGGGCUGUCGUUAGAGUUUAAUUAUUAUUAUUAAGUUAAUGUUAUGUUUUAGUUUGGGCCUAUUAUUAGUAGAGUAGUUAGUUGAGUUAAUUUGGGCUUAAUUAGGGUUUAAUUAAUAUGGGCUUGAUUAGGGUUUCUUGUAGAAGGCUAUUUAUACCCCUCGCCAGGGUUCGCUCUUAUUAUCUGGGAAUAAAAUUAGAUUUUAGCCUUUUGACUUUGGGCAACAGUAUUUUUAUCGUUGAUUAUCUGGGCAACGGUUUAUCCCGUUGAUUUUAUUUUUCUGUUACAUAUCAAUUGGUCCGACCUGCCGGAUCCCGUCCCGCCGGAAUGACGAGAUCAACCAACGAACGUUUAUCAGAAUUGGAGGCUGAACAGGCCCUAAUCAAUCAAAAACUUGACACGCAAGGACAGAAACUUGAUCUGCAGGGACAUAAACUUGACACACAAGGUCAGAAACUGGAAGAGCAGGCCGCCCAGCUUGCGGAAAUCGCAGCCUCUCUUGCAGCAAUCGCGAAGGCCAUGGUGCCGCCGCAGAAAUCUCCCAUCGCGACCGUCGAGAGCGACUCCUCCGGCCACGUCGCAUCUGUCUUCUCCGAUGAUGGCGGACUGCGCACCGCAGCCACAACGCUACUUCCCUCGUUCGAUGGUGAAGACCCAAUUGGGUGGUUGGCGAGAGUGGAGCAGCAAUUCGAGCUCAACAGGACCCCACCAGACAGACAAGUUGCAGCGGCUAGGGUUUCUAUGGAAGGAGCUGUCCUCUAUUGGGUGACGUGGUUCAAGGCGCACAAACCUGGCAUAUCUUGGGAGGAAUUUAAGCAAGCUUUGGUGGCCAGAUUUGAUUCCCGAUAUCAGGGAAACAGGUUUGAACGGCUGUCCGGCGUCAAACAAAUUGGGUCGGUGGAGGAAUACAAUACCUUGUUCGUUCAAUUGGCUAGCCAAGUUCUGGGAUUGACCGACGAUCAUUAUUUAGGCUACUACAUGAGUGGACUUGGGGGAGCAAUCCGAAGUUCGCUGCGCUUAUUACGGCCAGAAAACCUGGAGACAGCCAUGGAAUUAGCUCGCGAUGUGGAGCAUAAUCUGUCUGUCCAAAGUGGACGAAGUGGCAGCCCGAAUUAUAAUUCUGCAGGGGUACGUUCCAUCAGCUUUUUAAUGGCAAACACGGGUCCUCCGUUGACUGUGUCACGACUCUCCUGAACGCCGCGGCAUUAAGGGGCAUAGGCCGCGGCAUACUGAGACCUGGAGGCGAGAUGGAGUCUAGAGAUGCCUAAGAGAGAGGGGCAGAAUCCUGGAGGCUAAGAGAACCUUCUAGACUCAUGUAGAUAAGUGUACACUUGUAUAGAAUAGAGUAGAAUACUCUAGAAUCUCAUAGAGUUGUAUAGAAUACUCUAGAAUUCAAUUGUAGCCGUUAGAUCAAGAAGAUCUAAGCCGUCCAUUGAGGAGGAGGAUAAGUAUAAAUACCCCUCAUGGCUGGCUCAUUUGUAUCAUCGAAAGCUUGAGAGCAAUAAAGCCUUUAUACAAGUUUCUCCACUAUCGGUGUCCUAGUUUCCGCAAGAGUUAGGCUGACUAGCAUAGUUUGAGUGAGUGUUGCUAGUGCCGCACGGGUUCGAGAAUAAGUCCGUGACAGUUGGUAUCAGAGCCAAGGUUUUUGGUUUCGUGUCCUUGAGAAGAGAUGGCCGGUUCAGAUAGCGAGACAACUCACAUGGAUGCCGGGAAGCAAACCAAGAGGGGAAGGUCCAAGUCUCGAGAAGCCAUGACGGAGGUGGAGACUCGGCUAGCCAAGGCGGAGCUUGCCAUAGCCGAUGGGGAAGAAAGGUUUGAGGAAGUCGACCAACGCAUCGUGGAACUUGCGAAGAAUAGUGAAGAUCUUCGAGGGGAGGUGCAAGGAGCGGUCAAUGAGAUCCUCGACCGGUGUCUUUCCGAGGUCAAGAGCUUGGAGGGGACUUUUAUGACCAUGGUUGCUUCACUGCGGGAGGAGUUGGAGAAGGUCACCAACGAGUUGGUGGAAACCAAGGAAGAGCUGGUCCUAUGCAAGAAGGCGGUCGUGCAAGGAGGAAGCACGUCGUCAAGUGAGGUAAGUCCUACUCCCUCUAAGGUUGAUGUUCCUAGACCCAAGACAUACAAAGGGGCUAGGAAUGCUAAGGAGAUAGAGAACUUUGUGUGGAGUAUGGAGCAAUACUUCAAGGCUCUUGGUAUUGUUGAUGAUACCAAGAAAGUUGACACGACAACCAUGUAUUUGGAGGAUACCGCCAUGUUGUGGUGGAGAAGGAAGUACGGGGACCGAGAGAAGGGUCUUUGCACUAUAGACACGUGGGAGGAGUUCAAGAGUGAACUCAAGAAACAGUUCUGCCCUAUGAAUGCGGAAGAGGAGGCGAGAGCUAAGCUAAGGCGUUUGCAACACAAGGGAAGCCUGCACGAAUACGUGAAGGAAUUUACUGAGGUACUCCUAGAUAUCCCUGACUAUCCUGAUAAGGAAGCUUUCUUUGCUUUUACGGAUGGGUUGCAAGGUUGGGCUAAGAUCGAGGUCCAAAGGCGUGGGGCUCAAGAUCUCGACACUGCCAUUGCUAUUGCCGAGUCCUUGGUGGAGUUCAAGAAGCCGGAGAAGGUGAAGCCACCGACUAAGGAGAAGGGCAAGGAAAAGAGUGGGGGAGACCACCGUCCACACAAAGAAGGUUUCCAACACUUUGACAAGAGCAAGGGAACAAAGGAGACCAAGACAUGGGAGAAGAGACCGUUGAAGUGCUUCUUUUGUGAUGGGCCACACAAGGCAAAGGAUUGUCCGAAGAAGGCCAAGCUCUCGGCCUUAGUUGAAGAAAGGGAGGAACGAGAACGGGAGGAAGCUAUGGUGGGUUCCCUUCACAUUCUCAAUGCCAUUAAGGCCAAGGUAACCGAGACCAAGACGGAGAAGAAGGGGCGUUUGUUCGUGGAAGCUAAGGUACGUGGACAAACUACUAAAGCCCUUGUUGACACUGGUGCUUCUCACAACUUCUUAGAAGUUAAGGAGGCAAAGAGAUUGGGCAUCCCCUAUGUUGAAGACCAUGGUUGGUUGAAAGCUGUCAACUCGCAACCUAAAUCAAUCUAUGGAGUUGGCAAGUCGAGGGAAGACACGCCAGUUUUGGCUUAGAGAGGGGUUGCUCAUGACCAAGGGAGAUCGGAUCUAUGUGCCGAAGUGGCAAGGAUUGAGGAAAGAGAUCAUCAAGGAAUGCCAUGAUUCGAGAUGGGCUGGACAUCCCGGAAUUAGACGCACGAUGGCACUGAUAGAACGUGCGUACUAUUGGCCCCAAAUGAAGGAAGAGGUGGAGUUGUAUGUGAAUACUUGUCUUGUGUGCCAACAAGACAAGGUGGAUCAACAACAGCCAGCAGGGUUGCUGGAGCCGUUGCCCACACCAGAGAAGCCGUGGGAGAGCAUAUCUAUGGACUUCAUCACAUGUUUGCCUAAGUCCGAGGGGUGUGGGAACAUCAUGGUCGUGGUGGAUCGGUUUAGUAAGUAUGGAGUGUUCAUACCUGUCCCUACGAAGUUCACCGCUGAAGAUGCCGCACGCUUAUUCUUCAAGCAUGUGGUAAAGUAUUGGGGCAUACCGAAGACCAUCGUAAGCGACCGAGAUACCCGUUUUACCGGGAAGUUUUGGAUGGAGCUGUUCAAGAUAAUGGGGUCCGAGCUUAACUUCUCUACGAGCUUUCACCCCCAAACCGACGGCCAAACCGAGAGGGUUAAUGCCUUGUUGGAGCUGUACUUAAGGCAUUACGUGAGUGCAAACCAGCGGGAUUGGGCAAAGUUGCUUGACAUAGCUCAAUUCUCAUACAUUUUUCAAAGACAUGCAUUUUUCAAAGAAUUUCAUUACCUCACUACCCACACAUUUCCAAAACCUUCUCCCACAGUUAUCAUGUUUUCAUGUUGUCAAAAGCUUCAAUUCUUGGCCACAUUGACAGUGUUCAACCGGAAUCCAUUCUCCAUAUUCAUACUGCCCUAUUGGUUUUGAAGAAGUAGAGUGACUGGUAGACAUGUUAGGUUCUUUGUGGUUGAGUGGCGAGAACGACGACAGGGUUAUACGAAGGAGUUGUGUGGUGAGGGCCACUGAUUUAGGGUUCAAGCAAGCUAUAGAAUACGAUGAAAUGCAGCUUAAUGUACGGAUGAUUUGUGAAGGGAAGUUAAGAAGGAGAUGACGGUAGGUAGGAAGAAGUUAUAACGGCCUUGAAAUUACUUAAAUAACCUCCACUUAAUAGUAAAAGUUUUAAACCCGUCAGAGUUCACGCCGGAAAGAUGAGAAAUGGUAACGGGAGCAAACGAUGGGACAAGAUGUGGCGAAGUUGGAAGUUAGGUACAAAAUGUGAAAGUGGCAUAAUAGUCAUGUGACCAAAAGUGUAAUUUUUUCUUUUGAGAAAGAAGUUCCAUGAAAGUUUCAUAAAACCAGUACAUAAUUCAUGAUAUUCUUUUUGAAAGAACAUAAUUCAUGAUAUUCGUAAACAUAAUCAUUUUAUAAGCCAAAAAAAAUUAGUGAUCACAUUCAUUCAAACUAUGGCAAAUAAGACUAAAUAAGUCUUGAGAUUUUUUCGGGGAAAAAUUAUGGUAAUCUUCUUAUAAUUGUAAUGUGACAUAUUUUAAUAGAAAACACUACAAUAUAGAUAUUUAUUUAAGUGAUUGAUACAAUGUUUUAUUGGGAUCUGUUCUGAAAUUCAGAUUCAAAAUGGUACAUCGUAUCACAUUUUCUCUUAUUUUUAAUCAUAAAACAAAAGGAUAAUAGAUUUUUUUUACUUAUUCUCCAUUUGCAAUUGAAUAAGUGGUAUUGUAUAAAAAUGAUAAUGCAUGUUCUAUUGUAAAUAGCAGAUUUGAGAAUAAGAUGUUAAGAAUUGCAAAGCUAUUUCUAGCAUAAGUAUCAAUUUUUAAAUAUGUUUAUCUUUCAAUCUCUUAAACAACAAAUUAUUAAGACAUAAAAUAAUUGAUGGCAUAACUUUAAAAAAGUAGAAACAACUUUACACCGAACUACGGAGUAAUAUAUAUCUUUUGUUGUAGUGUGUAAUUUGCAUUAAAUAACAGAUCCCGUGAGGUAUAUCAAACUAUACAGAUACACAAGAAACAUAUUAGUCUAUAUAUUUUAAAGCAUAUAGUUACCUGAAAAGUGUAUGUAUGACCGUAUGACCUCCAUGGUGUUGUUUAAGAUCUUAAGAUUUAUUACGCUGAGGAUCUCUGAAGUGUUGUAUAUUUAUGUAUUCUUUAAUCAGUGUAUGUAAUUCAUAGCAUGAUAUUUAUCUUCGCAUGAAGACAAGAGGAACUGUGAAGUGUUGUAUAUUUUAUAUUGUUUAAUCAAUGUACGUAUUUCAUAGCAUGCUAUUUAUCUCCGUAUGAAGACAGGAAAUUAGUUUGAAAAUAGCUUUUAAGGUUCAUGAAUGAAGAAGCAAAGUUGGUGAUGAAAUACCUUAUGGUAUUAAGAAUGUCUAAUUCAUGGAGUAAGAGUAGAGUCACAGAACCUGGAUUUUAAGUUUCAUGGUGUUAAGUUGCAAAGACUGAGAAUUGGGUUAAUGUGCAGAUUUAUGAGUCUGAAUCAGAUUUAUUGAUAAACAAAAUAGUUUGUAUUUAGUACCUCCUCCACAUUUUGUUAUUUGUCAUGUAUUCCGUUUUUCUUUUGGUAAUGAUUUGUAUUGCUUUAAUGGACCCCACCACUUUUCCAAAAAUUAUGUUGUUUUUUAUACUUUAUGUUACAAAUAGUAUGAUUUAUGUGCUACUACAUCUUACUUGAUUACUAUCCUCUAAACUACUUCAUAUUAAUCUACUCUAUAAUUUAAUACUUUUAAAAUUUAAUCUACCUCUCAAUACAUAAGUUUUUUGUUCUCAAAGUGAAUAAUAACUUGAUUUCUUUUGUCCCGUGCAUCGCACGAGUGAAAUUCUAGUGUCUCAUUAAAACUCUACUAGAUAAAAUUUGGUGGUAAAAAUCUAGUGAAAGAAAAAGAGUACACAAUUCUUUAUACGUUUAAGGGGUGUUGCCUCAAUAAAAAUGUUGUCGACGAAAACUUCGGGGAAUGAAAAUGGGAUAAAAUCUUAGCAAGGGAAAAAGAGUACAAUGCGUAAUUGUUCCCCCGUUUAAUACAUCACUCGAGAUCCUUGCGCCGGCUUGUCCAGUUUGGUGCACAAACUUCAUGAGGUUGCAGUUGGGAGAGCUUUACCGAAUAGAUCUGCAACAUUGUCACUUGAACGAAUUUCUUGAACAAUGAUCUCGCUCUCUUUCUGAAUAUCACGUGUAUUCCAAAACCUCAAUGAGAUAUGUUUCGUCCUAUCUCCUUUGAUGAGACCUCAUUGAGUUGAUGUAUACAAGUUGCAUUAUCAAGUAUAAUAAGAUGGAUGAAGCCUCCUUACCGUAUAAUAUUCCACAUAAACAUCUAAUGUACCGAAUUACACUUCUUAGGUAUACACAUGUUUGACUGGCUUCAUGAAUGGCUAAGAGCUCUGCAUGAUUAUAGGGCGUGGUCGCGAUUGUUCGUUUCAUGGAGCGCGAUGAAUUUAAAAGUUGUAAGCAAGAAAAGAAGUGAUUCAAACUGCUUUACAUUUUUGUAUUGCAAAAAAAAAAUAAUUUUCACCAAACAUCUUGACUUUUAUUUUAAAGGUUAUUUUUUUCAAAUACUAUUUUUUUGAAAGAACUUUGUUUUUUCUAAUAAUAUUAAAAAAAGAAGUAAAUGUAAAUUUAUACGGAGUAUGAAAAUAUGAAUAUAUAUAUGAACGGAAAAGAUCCCGUGCAGCCGGAGGGACAUGAUGUUCUGUCCAGCCGCCGCCGUUUGGGGUGGUUCCUGAUGCAAUUUUUUGAUGAAAUGUUUUGAGCAUGUUUUUCAUCGAGUCUCGUUUAUCCACAAAAAAAUUCAGCUAAAAACUCAACCGGGAAGACGGUAAAAUAAAAUUUUAAAAAUAACUGCAUUUUAUAUGUACAAUGUUUUUCGAAAAAUUAUUUGGCUGCCUUUCCGAUUGAAUUUUUAGUUGUUUUUUGAAUAAACUAGACUUGAUGAGCAAUAUGCUUAAAAAAUUUCAUAAAAAAAUUCCAUUGAAAACUGCCUCAAACAACGGCUGCCGAACUGAGCAUCUGUCCCUCCCUCCGGUUAGACAUGCUCCGUUUUAAACUAAAAUAAAAAACUACGUAUAAGAAAAUUUCAGGACUUGUGGACUAAGAGCAUCUCCAAAGUCACAAUAUGCACGAUGCACAUGUGACAUACGAGACAACCACAUAAAUACUCCCUCCGUUUCUAAAAGAAACUCACACUUUCCUUUUUGAGAUGUUUCAAAAACAAAAGCACACUUCCCUUAUUUCUUUAUUUGGUAAAGAAAUCUACAUUCAAACAGUGCGAAACAGUGCUAAACAAUGUCUAAACAAUGUCUAAACAAUGUCUAAAAGAAAUCUGCACCAAAAUUUGAUCAAAAUGGAUUAACAGCAGUUUCCUGGAACGAAAAUUUGAACUUGUGCCUCCUCCUCCCCGCCCCAUCCCGUUUCGCCUCCUUCUUGGUGGUUUGUCCGCAAGGUUUUGAAGUUCUCUAAAACUCCGAAUCCCCAAAACAGAAGGAACACUUACCAGAACCAUAUCUCUGAACCCUUGUUUCGUAUGGCUUCUGAUGCUCCUCGAGCUCGAAUUGACCAGUUCUUUGCAUCAAAGAAGAAGAGGAAAUUUGAAUCUCCUGUCUUGAAAUCUCCAGUAUCCAUUAAAGAUGCUAAAAUUUCGACUGAGGGGUCACCAGGCACCAGAGGAUCUCUUGAGAAUUCUUCAGUCAAAUCUCAGGACAAUUGUGAGUCUCUGGGCUCACCUGUUGAGAGAAAUUUGACAUUAGAGCUCGAUCGAAUUUCCAAAGAUGAAGAUGAAGUGGCAGUUCCGUCAAGAAAAUCACACUCUCAAGGUCCUAAAACAGCAUACGAAAUGUUAUACAAUGCAGGUGUUGCGGCCAGAGAGCAUCCUAAAAAUUCCUCUGAACACAUCCUAGACCAAAAAAACCUACAACUCAAUCAAUUUGCCAGUGAGUUUCUAUCAUUAUACUGCAGUAAGAGACCAUGCCCACCAACUAGUGAGGGUUUACCAUUACAUCAAAAUGUGCAUCCGUAUAAAAGACACUGCAUCCCAUCUACUGCUGAUAGAAGCUCUUCUUCUAUUGAGGACAAUUCAACUAGCUCUCCAAGGAAUUAUCUUCCAGAUGCCCAUAAUGAUGUUGUUCCCAAAUCUGCACAUGCAAAUCCACAUUCUUGUGAGGUGAAUAUGGAUACACUUGCUGAACCUCAAAUAAGCUUGAGAAGAUGUAAUAAGGUUCCUGUUUCUAAAGAAACUGAAUCUCUAACACCAGGUUUGUCCACUAUGGAACAUGUGGCAAGCGUUACUCCAACAUCAGCACAUGGUGUCUCGAUCUUUUCACCUGGAGAAAGUUUCUGGAAUGAAGCAAUUGAAGUUGCUGAUGGGUUGUUUGCUGAAAAUGAGAAAGGUACGUGCCGAGUUACUGAUAAGGAUGUAACUGUGAGCACCCGACAUGACAUACUUAGUUCCAACGAUCUGAUAACUGGUGGACAUGGCAUAAAAUCAAACAGAGUAACCAAAAGAGUUGUGGAUAGAGUUUCUAGUGUGAGAAUGGUUUCUGCUGGUGUGCCGAUAAAGAAGAUUGGGAAGGAAAUGGAUAAAGAAGUCUCUCCAUUGCCUGUAAAGCACUUUGACUUUGCUUCGGAAGACAAACAAAUGGCGCAGAUUAAUGAUUGCCAUAUUCUCAGUGGAAAUGAAAUUGGGCAUGCUCCAGUAAACAGACUAUUUACAGAAAAACUUGCAGGGGCCUACAAAUAUGAUGCUUCUAAAACUACUCCUGAUACUCUUGUGCAAGGCAAUGGUAGUGUAGCUUUUAAUACACCAACCGAGAGAUCAGGAAAAGUUGGAGCUAAUUCUGAAUCCAGUGAAGACAUCACUCCUUCAAGUUUUUUGCCACAAAAAGAUUGUUUAGAUCUCAGCAAUUGGCUCCCACCUGAAAUAUGCAGCACCUACAAGAGGAAGGGUAUAGCAAAAUUGUACCCUUGGCAGGUUGAUUGCCUGCAAGUGGAUGGUGUUUUGGAGAAUAAGAAUCUGGUUUAUUGCGCCUCUACAAGUGCUGGUAAAAGUUUUGUUGCUGAGAUUUUAAUGUUACGGAGAAUCUUAUCAAGGGGAAAAAUGGCAAUCCUUGUACUGCCAUAUGUAUCCAUUUGUGCAGAAAAGGCCGAUCACCUAGAAGUCCUCUUAGAACCACUUGGGAAGCAUGUACGCAGUUACUAUGGAAAUCAAGGUGGCGGAACCCUUCCAAAGGACACAUCUGUUGCUGUGUGUACUAUUGAAAAAGCAAACUCCUUAGUUAAUAGACUGCUAGAAGAGGGCCGCCUGUCAGAACUUGGUAUCAUUGUGAUUGAUGAACUUCAUAUGGUCGGUGAUCGGAACAGAGGCUAUUUACUGGAGCUGUUGCUCACAAAGCUUCGCUAUGCAGCUGGUGAAGGCAACACAGAAUCGUCCAGUGGAGAAAGUUCAGGUAUGAGCAGCGGAAAAGCUGACCCUGCUCAAGGUCUUCAAAUUGUUGGAAUGAGUGCAACUUUGCCAAAUGUGGCUGCAGUUGCUAAUUGGCUUGAUGCAGCUUUGUACCAAACAGAUUUCCGGCCUGUUCCUUUAGAGGAGUACAUCAAAGUAGGCAACACGAUUUAUAACAGAAAGAUGGAAAUUGUUAGAACAUUGCCAAAAACUGCUGAGCUUGGUGGCAAGGAUCCAGAUCAUAUUGUGGAGCUUUGCAAUGAGGUUGUUCAAGAUGGUCAUUCCGUGCUAAUUUUUUGCUCCAGUCGGAAAGGAUGUGAAGCAACAGCUAGGCAUGUUGCUAAGUACUUGAAGUUCUUGAUCAGCCCCUGCAACAAAGAUACUGAGUUUGAUAUUGAUUCUGCCAUUGAUGCACUACGAAGAUCUCCUGCAGGCUUGGACCCUAUACUUGAAGAGACACUUCCUGCUGGUGUUGCUUACCAUCAUGCUGGGCUUAUGCUCGAAGAAAGAGAGACUGUUGAGAGUUGUUAUCGCAAAGGACUUGUACGAGUCUUAACUGCUACAUCAACUCUUGCUGCUGGAGUUAACCUCCCUGCCCGGAGAGUUAUUUUCCGACAACCUCGUAUCGGGUAUGACUUUAUUGAUGGAACAAGGUACAUGCAGAUGUCUGGUCGUGCUGGUCGGACAGGGAUUGAUACAAAAGGAGAGAGUGUGUUGAUUUGCAAACAAGAUGAAGUUAAAAGAAUAUUGAGACUUUUAAAUGACAGCUGCCCACCAUUGCAUUCUUGCCUGUCGGAUGAUAAGAAUGGAAUGAUUCAUGCAAUACUAGAGGUCGUUGCUGGUGGGAUUGUUCAAACUGCCAAUGAUAUUCACCGAUAUGUUAGGUGUACCCUUCUUAAUUCAACAAGACCUUUUGAAGAUGUGGUAAAGUCAGCUCAGGAUUCUCUUCGGUGGUUAUGCCACAGGAAAUUCCUUGAAUGGAGUGAUGAUACAAAAUUGUACACUAUCACACCUCUUGGUCGAGCAUCUUUUGGCAGUUGUCUUUCUCCUGAAGAGUCGCUCGUUGUAUUAGAUGAUCUAUUGAGGGCAAGAGAAGGGUUUGUACUUGCAUCUGAUCUGCAUCUGGUUUACUUAGUCACACCCAUUAAUGUUGAAGUUGAGCCAGAUUGGGAAUUGUAUUAUGCAAGAUUCAUGGAACUGUCUGCUUUAGAUCAGUCGGUUGGCAAUCGAGUUGGGGUUCAAGAACCGUUUUUGAUGCGCAUGGCUCAUGGAGCUGUUCCAGGUCACAGCUUUAACAGAUCUCGGGAGGCUAAUAAGGGAUUGCAGGUAAAACUUGACUGCAGAUCUGGGAUUUCAAAUCAUGCCAUCCUUUCAGGUGAACAAGUUCUGCGAGUGUCUAAACGGUUCUUUGUGGCUCUCAUACUAACAAGACUUGUACAGGAAGUACCUGUUCCAGAGGUAUGCAAUGCUUUCAAAGUGACAAGGGGCAUGGUUCAGGGACUACAGGAAAACGGUGGGAGGUUUGCAUCGAUGGUGGCUGUCUUUUGCGAAAGACUAGGUUGGCAGGACCUUGAAGGCUUAGUUUCCAAAUUCCAAAAUCGUGUUUCAUUUGGAGUCAGAGCAGAGAUUGUGGAGCUCACUAACAUACCUUAUGUUAAGGGUUCCCGGGCUAGAGCACUUUACAAAUCUGGUUUGCGGACUCCUCAAGCAAUAGCAGAAGCAUCGCUUCCUGAAAUUGUGAAAGCACUUUUUGAAUCUUCAUCAUGGUCUGAACAAGGACUUGCACAACGAAGAAUACAAUUAGGAGUUGCCAAAAAAAUAAAAAAUGGUGCCCGCAAGAUUGUUCUUGAGAAAGCUGAAGAGGCAAGACUUGCUGCAUUCUCAGCUUUCAAAUCACUUGGACUUGAUGUCCCACCUCUUUCUCUACCUCUCCUACCAAUUGCUGCAGCAGAUGCUGAUCGGAAAGAAUCAAGCACCUCUUCUGGAGAAAAGUCGACUAGCAGUUAUGUGCAUACGGAGCAGAUAAACCGUGCCACUUCCACAUCAGGCAAGGAAGAAGGGUAUAGAAGUGGCAAUGCUGAAAUUAAAACAACCACUCUUCCUCUUGAGAUCAAUAAUGAUGAAGGGAAGUCCAACGAUGAUGUUGGUCAUAUUGUGCAGAAGCUGCAUGACAAAGAUGGGAUAAGUAAAACAAAUGAGAAGAAUUCACCAAAGAAGGGCCCGAUUAAUGCAGUUAGUAGUCCUGGAGGAUUUGAUACUUUCUUGAAUCUCUGGGAUGCUGCUAGAGACUUCUAUUUUGAUAUCCACUUUAAUAAGCGAUCUGAACUGAACACCAUUGUGCCUUUUGAAAUUCAUGGCAUAGCAAUCUGUUGGCAAAACUCUCCAGUGUAUUAUGUCAGUUUUCCCAAAGAUUUGUUUUGGUCAAACAACCGAAGAAAUCUUCUGAUGUCCAAUGCUUCCGGCUAUAAUGAUGCUCCAUCUCCAAAACAUCAAUGGGAAAUGGCGAUGCAACGUUGGGAUAGAAUAAGAACUAUAAUGGGGAAAAACGGUGUUAAAAAGUUCACUUGGAACUUGAAAAAGCAGAUUCAGGUGUUUAAGUUCCCAGCUGUUUCCACUGUGAGAUCUGGCUCUGUGAAUGCUGCUGCCAAAGCUGUGGGCUUGAAUCUAAUUGAAGGUUCUUACUAUGUUUUGUCCCCUGUUCAUUUGCAAGAUGCAGUUGAUAUUUGCAUUGUUGCAUGGAUUCUUUGGCCUGAUGAGGUGAAGGGAUCUAGUCCCAGUCUAGAGAAGGAGGUUAAGAAAAGGCUAUCGAGUGAGGCAGCUGCAGCUGCUAAUCAGAAUGGUAGAUGGAAGAACCAGAUGCGCAGUGCUGCUCAUAAUGGUUGUUGCCGCCGAGUUGCACAAACAUAUGCCUUGUGUUCGGUUCUGUGGAAACUAUUAAUAUCUGAAGGUCUUCUUAAGGCUCUCACAGAGAUGGAGAUGCCAUUGGUUGAUGUUCUUUCAGAUAUGGAGCUGUGGGGAAUUGGCGUUGACAUGGAAGGAUGCUUACGUGAUCGUGAAGUUGUGCGAAAAAAGCUAAAAAGUUUAGAAAUGGAAGCUUACACAUUGGCUGGCAUGACCUUCUCAUUGAGCACAGCUGCUGAUAUUGCAAAUGUUCUUUAUAACCACUUAAAGCUCCCUAUGCCAAAGAGAGAUGACAAAGGGAAGCAGCACCCCAGCACUGAUAAACAUUGUUUGGGUUUGCUAAGGAAUGAGCAUCCAAUUAUUCCAGUCAUCAAAGAGCACAGAACACUGGCAAAGCUCUUGAAUUGUACAUUAGGUUCAAUUUGCUCACUUGCUAGGCUAUCUAUGAGGACUCAGAGGUACACGCUGCAUGGUCACUGGCUUCAGACCUCAACAGGUACUGGACGACUUUCAAUGGAGGAACCAAAUCUUCAGUGCGUGGAGCAUAUGAUUGACUUCAAAAUGAGUCACACUGGUAAAGCUGAUGGUGAGUCGGAUACUGAUCAUUACAAGAUCAAUGCUCGUGAAUUAUUUCUGCCUACUCAGGAGAACUGGAUAUUUCUAACAGCUGACUACUCUCAGAUUGAAUUGAGACUCAUGGCCCAUUUCUCGAAAGAUUCUUCUUUGAUUGAGCUCCUAAGUGAUCCCAAUGGUGAUGUUUUCACCAUGCUUGCAGCGAGGUGGACAGGGAAGGUGCAGUCUAUGGUGAGCUCUAAAGAGCGAGACCAAACUAAGCGGUUGAUUUAUGGCAUUCUCUAUGGAAUGGGAGCUAAAUCUCUUGCAGAGCAACUGGACUGCAGUACAGAUGAAGCUUUUGAAAAAAUUCAAAGCUUCAAAAGGUUUUUCCCCGGUGUUGCUUCCUGGCUACAAGAAGCAGUUUCUUUCUGUCAAGAAAAAGGGUGAGGAUGGAAUGGCUAAUUUGUUGCUAUUACCUUGCACACUAAAAAAGUAGUAAUGGUAUCAUUUGUACAAGUGUGAAACUGAAAAACGAAAAAGACUUGCUGAAGCCACUGGUUUCUAACUUUUAGGAACAUUGUUCAUUAGUACUUUUUCUAUAUCAGAGUUGAACUAGAGUUGCCAUACUAAUUGGUUCUGGUGUCAUAGUUCAUGUCAGUACUACAACCAAGUGAUUCUUGAUUCUUAAUGCCACACCAUUACCAUUCUUAUAAUACAAAUUUAUCAUUGCAUUUUCUCUCUUUUCUAUUUGAAUUAAUAGAAUUGCACUUUUAGCUAACAUAUAGUACUGACAGUUUAUCCAUUGAUAUAAGCAUUUCUCCAGCAUGUAGGAAUAUUUGUUCUUUUUUGGCCUUUUUGAAUAUUUGAUUUAAACAAAUGAAACCAUUGUUCUUGUUUAGAUACCUUAUUCAAACUGACAGUAUUGUAGCAUAUACUCUGUCGUUGUCUCUCAGUAGACCUCCUUAUGCUGAUUCGAGUUUUCAACUUUGUCUAUGUCAAAUUUGUAUGCUUUAUAGAUAAUCCUUGCUAUAUAUCUAUUGUUUUGGUCGUAUCUUUAUACAAUAUUUUGUUAUAAUUUCAUGGAGUAGUUAUGUGGAGACUCUUAAUGGCCGAAAGCGUUUCUUGUCAAAAAUCAAAGUUGGGGACAAUAAGGAAAAAUCUAAAGCUCAGCGGCAAGCUGUUAAUUCGAUUUGUCAGGUAGUUUUGCUCCCCUUUCAUCCCUUAGUUAUUAUUUUUGUUGAUGUUUGGGAAAAUGGGUCUUUGUCUUUGCAUCAACCCAGGCUUUACCCCAGUGUUUGAUUUUCUAAGUAAAAAUUGUGGCAAAUUUUGAGAUACAGAUACCAAUUUCCUCGUAUAAUAAUAGCAGUAGUAGUAACAAUAAUAAUAGUAAUAAUAGUAGUACUGUAACAGCACUGCAGUAGUAGCAGUAUUAAUAAUACUAAUAAUUCUUAUUAUAGUUAUUAUUCCUCUAUUGCUUUCAAAACAGUUUUCACUGAUAAUGGCAUAUGCUGCUUUUCAGGGAUCUGCUGCUGACAUUAUCAAAAUGGCAAUGAUAAAUCUUCACUAUGCAAUGGUCAAGGAUGUUCCUAACUCUAGAUCUAGUUCUGGUUUGCCUGAAAACACUGGCAUGCUUAAAGGGAGAUGUCGAAUCGUCUUACAGGUAGUAACAACGUAUUGAUUAAAAUCUGCUCCAAAUAUUAUCUUGUUUAAAUAUCGAAUGAGAUCAUAAUUAUUGGCUUGGUAUGACAUCCCUAGUUUAUGCAUAUUAAAGUGUGCUAAUCCUUGUUUUUUUCAAUUUCAUUUAUCAUCCAAAACAGUUGAAGAAGUAAAUAAAAGUAUCAGGGCAUCAUUAGGAGUGAUUCGGCUCUUCAUGAGUUCGUUAAUGAUUCGAACCAAUAGCUUUACAAGCUUUUCAAGAGACUUAGAUUUACCUUCGUAUUGUUUCAAAAUUACUUUUUGUCCAGGUUCAUGAUGAAUUAGUCCUAGAAGUUGAUCCCCCUGUUGUCAAGGAAGCUGGAAUGUUGCUACGUAUGAGCAUGGAAAAUGCAGCCACACUCCAUGGUACAAAUUCCUUGCAAAUUUAUACUGCAGAUGAAACAAUGGGGGUAUUGGAUAGCAGUAACUUGGGGCGCGCGGACAUGCAGGGGUUACAGUUCUAUGGUUCUUUCUAUACCGAAGUUCAUUUCCCCCCCUUCAUCAUUUUCUUUUGCCCUUUCUGAUAGACGAGUCCUUUUAAUUUUUUAUUUUUGUGUGAAGGGGGAGCCUUGACGCACUAGUUACGGUGUUGCUGUGUGACUGAGAGGUCACAUGUUGAAACUUGGGAGCAGCUUCUUGUCAAAAAAAUGACAAGGGAAAGCUUGCUCCCUAUACACCUUUGUGGACUAUCUCUCUGCGGGGUCACCAAUGUGCAUUGGGCUGCGCUUAUUUUUACUUUGCUUAUAUUGUGUGGGGUGUUUACAUUCAUUAUGAGUAUUUUUGAACAGUAUCAUACUAUCAUUGCUACUACCUUCGUAUUCUUUUGUUUGUUACAUUACCUCUUUGACAAAGUUUGAGAGUAAAAUAGUAGUGUACUGAAUCGUGUAGAAAGAGUAGGAGAGAGGUUGAAAAAAUAUGAAAGUGAAGAUGAGAAGUAGAAAACGUAAAGGUAAUUGAGUAUUUUUAAAUAGAAAACUUACCAAAAAGAAAAAAAUGUUCAAAAAAUUUAAAAUACUUUCCAAAAAGGAGAGUAGCAAACAAAAAAAGGAUGACACCCCAUCUUUGAGAGCCCCAGAACUGACCGGACAGUUAUUUGGGAGAAUGUGAGUUGAGCUUUGAUCACACUCUGAUGGAAAGAGAGUGGAGCUUCAUCCCAAGUCAUUACUUGGAGUUGAACCCAUUACCUCUCCCUUGUGGCACCCUCUUCCUACUAGGUGAGCUAUGCUCCUUGUAAGGAGAGUAGCAAACAAAAGAAUACGGAGGGAGUGUUAUCUUUUCUUCAAGUUGAUUUUCACGUCUGAUUUUUCAGUACCGCUUCGUGUCAAACUGAUGGUUGGAAAGACAUGGGGAUCUUUGGAACCCUUCCACGUUGAAGAACCUCAUGAUAAUGUUAUGGUACUCACUUAAUAUGACAUGCAUGCGUUGGCAUUACAUUGCGUUGUGGGCAAAACACAAAUUGUUUAUUAUGGCUGCAGGUAUUUUUUUUGGAAUCACGUUGAUAUUUUCUUCUCCCGUAGCACUGCAUUGAUAAUUUGAUUUUCCUACUUUUCUAUUACAACUAAGCUACUGCAAAUUUUAGGCCCAACUAUAUCUUAUUCGGCAAUGGCUCUUCAUGUACCCCUAUUCUUCAUUGGCUCUUUUGGCUGUUUUUUGAAGACUUGAAGGGUUGAAAAUGGUUACGAAGUUUUGUUCACAGUAGGAUGAUCUGAUGAUGUAACAAAGCUUUCUCUGCUCAAACUGUUUAUGGC